AUGUUCAGUUCAGGUGUAGGAGUGGCUGUGUGCGACGACGAUGACAGCGACGACGAUGACAGCGAUGACAGUGACAAAGAUGACAGUGAUGACGACAACAGUGACGCCGCCGCCGCCGAUGCUGACGCUGCCACCGCCGAUGCUGACGCCGCCGCCGAUGCUGACGCCGCCGCCGAUGCUGACGCUGCCGCCAAUGCUGACGCCGCCGCCGAUGACGACAACAACGACAAUGAUGACAGCUAUGACAGCGACAGUUAUGACGACGACGACAGUGACGCUGACGACACCGACGAUGACGACAAUGACGAUGAUGAUGACAGCGAUGACAACGACAGCUAUGACGAUGACGACAGUGACGAUGACGAUGACAGCGAUGACGACAGUGGCUACGCAGACAGCACUCUGUUGUCAAAGAUCUCAAUGGAUCUCUUCACAAUACUCAAUACCAAAACACCAAUCUCAAAAUCUACACUGUCCCCAAUAGAGCAGUUUUCUGAGCAUGUUCUACCCUCAUAUCAAUUCCAAUUUCUCCAACAUAUUUACCAGCCUGGUUCUGAAUAUUCCCAGUGGCCUGAACUACUAGAAUAA